CUUGUAUUGUAUUAUUAUCUCAUAUAAAAAAAGAAGAGUUUAAAACCAUACAUAGAGAUGGAGUGUUCAAUAUCAAUAAUAUUUCACCUAUACAUGGCGGUGGUGGGGCUGCAGGCACACACUGUGUCGUCUUUGGAGAAGACGAGACAAUGCCACGAUGAAGAGAAGGCUGCCUUGCUCCAAUUCAAGCACAGCUUUCCCAGCACCAACCAAUGUAAUUCGUCAAAACUGGAAUCAUGGAAAGAAGGGGGGCACUGCUGCUCAUGGGAGGGUGUGGAGUGUGAUGAUCAUUAUCAUGUUGUCGGAUUAGACCUGAGCCAGAGUUGCCUCUUCGGUUCCGUAAACUCGAGCAAUGCCGCUGCCAUUUUCAAUCUCCCAAGGCUCAAGAUGCUCGAUUUAAGUGACAAUCCUGAUCUCAGUGGCUAUUUGCCCAACUUCCGUUCGGGGAGUCCUCUUAAAUCGUUGCGGCUCUAUGAUACAAGUUUAGGGGGAGUGUUGCCUCCCUCCAUUGGGAAUCUUGCCUCUUUGGAAGAACUAUACAUCGGCUAUUGCAAAUUUACAGGGGACCUUCCGAUGUCACUCGGUAAUCUUACCCAACUUGUUUAUUUACACAUCUCAGGUGCUAAUCUCUUCACCAAGCUCAAUGGUUUAUACAACAUGUACUUGACGGAUUGUUUGGCUCGGUGGAUCUAAGCUUGUUCUCUCACCUCAAAAUUUUAGAGGUAUCUUGAUCUAUCCUUCAAUAGUUUGGGUGGAAAGCUUCCCCAGUGUUUGAGCCAGUUUAGCAAUUCUCUUUCGUUGUUGGAUUUGAGAGGAAACAAAUUUGAGGGAAAUAUUCUGUCAACAUGGAGAAAUGGAUGCCAACUGAGAAUGAUCAGUAUGAGCCAAAAUCAAUUGCAAGGGCAAUUGCCCAGGUCAUUAGCCAACUGUUCAUUACUGGAAUUCAUUGAUUUUGGCAGCAACCAAAUAU